AUCUAUAUACACUAUACACACCGCACACCAUGCGCCGCACACCCAGCUCCCAGCCAGACCAUGACCCACACAGAGUCAUCGCACUCGUCACAGGCGCAAACAGCGGAUACGGGCUCGGGAUAUGCCACCAGCUUCUCUCAAACCUCUCCCUGCCCUCCACCGUCCCCAUCCCAGCCUCCACACCCCAGCCCACAGCCCUCGCCCCGUCAAUGCGAGACUCCAUACCCAGCAACUCGCUCCGGCCCACCAAGACCUCUGUGCCCGAUACGACGCUGACUCUCAUCCUUGCCUGCAGAUCAGGAGCCAAAGCCCAAGAGGCCAUAGACAUGCUUUGGAAAAAACACAAAAGCGACCUGGAGAAGCGAAAGAAAAAGGGUCUGGCCGUCAAAAAGGGCUGGCUGGAGGGCCUGAGGAUAGUGUGGGAAGGCGUCAACCUCGACAGUCCCGGUGGAACGAACGGGAUCCUUGCAUUCACUGAACGCGUUAAAAAUCGCUACCCUCACAUAACUUGUCUUUUCCUCAACGCAGGCAUGGGCGCUUUCAGUGGCAUAGAUUAUUGCAAGUUUACAAAACAGAUAUUCACAGACGGCAUGUCUGUUGCCCUUAGCCAGCCACAGUUUAACAUUGAAAUCAAGGGCGCGAAGAGUGCAGAUGGAGAGAGAGGGCUCGUCUGGGGUACAAACGUCCUUGCACCGUACAUCAUGGCUCGUGAAUUACUUCCUAUGCUUCGCCGCUCUCCUCCCGAACUUCCUUUUGCUCCUCGGGUGGUCUACACUUCUUCGGGCACGGCUACGCUUUCAAAGCUAAAUAAUCAUCCUCUUGACGACUACAUGCUUUUGGAUUAUGACGAAUCUUAUGGCGCAAGUAAAUACAUGGGCGACAUGGUGAUGCUCCAGCUUGAUCGAGAAUUCAACGACGAGACGACGAAAAGAGAUGAUGACAGGGGAGUCAGAGUACUGACAAUAGAACCUGGGUGUGUAGCCACCAACUUUUUCAAUGCUGGAUUAGGAGCAUGGGCGUGGUGGAUCAAGUUCAAGUGGUUCUGGUACUGGCUGUCCUUUUAUAUCUGCCGAUUACUUGGCUCACCGUACCACCCCGUCUACGCUGACCAAGGCGCCCUGCCAAUGCUCUACGCGGCUCUUAUCCCAGCAGCGUUCCUCCUCUCCCCCUCGCAAGUACCUGCGCAAAAGUUUGAGGUUCGAGCGCAGAGGUGGGGCAACACAAAGGUCGGGUACGGGGAGAUUGAUCGGUGGGAAGAGGCGGAUGCACUGGGAUUGCCCAAGGGGUUUGCGGAUCGAUGUGAAGUUGUUCGGAGAGAAUGGCGGAGACGGGAGGGGCUGGAGUAGAGGAUUAUAUAUAUGGAGAUGCAUAGAUACUUGUACAGAUUUGUU